UGAUCUCUUGACAGAGAAUGCUCAGAUCUGCCAAGAUAAGUGUGAAGAGGAUAUCCCGAAGAGUUCCCCGUUUGACUUUGUUAGAAAACAGUUUCAAGGGAAGAAAUCUGCUGAAAAAAGAAAAGAGCAGCCUUCAGGCAUCAGAAAAUUCUUCGGGGGCUUUGACUUUGGCAAAUUCGAAGCCAAAGGCAGAAAGGAGACUGAAGAAACAGAAAUAAACAACUCUAGAGCUGAUGAUCAGAAUGAGAAGAAAGAUCUCCCUAUAGAAGAUGGACUUUCACAUCUUAUUUGUGAAGCAGAGUCACCAUCUGGUAAGCAGAGAUUUAACCAAUUCAUGCAGAAGCUGGGAAAGAAACCCAACAGCGAGAAUCUGGAUCUAAAUAAUUGUGCUUUAAGUGCAACAGAUGUAACAGAGCUGGCUUCUUUACUGCCAUAUCUUCCAAAGCUGGAAGAGAUCAGCCUCUCCUGGAAUGGUGGUGUUGGAGGGUCUUUGAAAGCUCUCACUACUCAGCUCCAUCAUGUGAACCUAUUAAAAGUUCUUCGACUUAACAGCUGCAGGCUGACGGCUGAGGAUGUCACUUCCUUAGGAGAAGCAUUUGAAAUUGUUCCUCAGCUUGAAGAACUGGAUUUAUCAUGGAACAGUAACAUAGGUGGAAAACUAUCGCUGCUGACAAAAAAACUCCAGAAAGGCUGCAAGAUAAAAAUUCUGAAAAUUACAGAUUGUAACUUGACAGCGAAGGAUGGAGAAUCCCUUGCUCAGAUUCUAAAUGUGAUCUCAAACCUUGAAGUGUUAGAUCUCUCAAUCAACAAAAACAUUGGCUACAGUGUGAAGAUUAUUGCACAGGAUCUGAAAAAUGUGCCAGGCUUGAAAGAGUUAAACUUGCAUAUGUGUGGGUUAAAGCAAGACAGCAUCCAGGCCUUAGACUCUGCUUUAGAGCACCUGGCAGAGCUAAGAAAAUUAGACCUAUCAUGUAACAGAGAGAUCGGUGGUGGCUUUAAAGACUCAACAGCUCAUUUGGCCAACUUGAAAAAUCUUGAAUUCCUUGAUCUGCACCAGUGCUGUAUAACAGAAGAGGACAUGACUAUUUUGUCCCAGGUGAUACCUUUACUCUCCAGUCUUCAAGAGCUGAAUUUAUCCUCGAAUAAAAAUGUAGGAGUCUCAUCUGAUCCUCUUCUCAGCAGGCUCAGAUUUCUACCAAAGCUGAAGUCUGUGGCCAUCAGCAAUUGCUGUUUACAAGAAGAGUCCUUCUCGUCACUAGCUGAGGCUGCCCUUCACCUUCCUGAACUGGAGAUAUUAGACCUUUCUUGGAAUAAGUGCGUUGGUGGGAACCUAAAGCUGCUUUUGGAAGCGCUAAAGCUUGCGACGGAGAUUCAAGUGUUAAGACUGAGCAGCUGUAACUUGGUGGCUGAAGAUUUGGCACUUCUAACGCUACUGACACAGGAUGGUCAUCUAGCCAGAUUACGGAAGCUGGACUUGAGUUAUAAUGACAACAUCUCUGACGAAGGGUGGUCUGCCUUCUGUAAAGGUUUGUCAGUAUUCAGAGGACUGUCAGAGCUAGAUAUCAGUCUUCGCCCAUCGUCUUGCCGUGACUGUGGGAUGUGGUUCAGUGAGUUGUUUGCAGCACUGACAAAGCUGCCAGCACUGGCAGAGCUGGGGAUGCAAAGAUGGGUCCUUUCGGAACCGCAGUGGAAACGACUGGAAAGCUUUAAUGAAGACAACAAAAGAAGCGUUCGCUUUGACUGGUGAUGGAGUU